CACGCAAGAAGAGCUAGAUGCCGAAAGAAAGAUUGUUUUGCGAAAGAUUGACUGGGUCAUCAUGCCAAUGAUCUGCAUGACAUACACCAUCCAAUUCCUUGACAAACUCUCCCUCAACUACGCGUCCGCCUACACCUUAAUCCCCGAUAUCGGUCUCGAAGGCCAACGCUAUUCCUGGGUAGCAGCCAUCUUCAACUUCGGCUACCUCUUCUGGGCGCUGCCAGCAAACUACUUGAUUCAACGACUGCCCGUCUCGAAGUACACUGGCACUAUGAUCCUCACCUGGUCAAUCCUACUCUGCUGCCACGUCGCAGCUAAGAACUAUGCCGGCAUGCUAGUCCUCCGCUUCUUGCUUGGCAUGUUUGAAGCCUCCAUCUCUCCAGCCAUCAUGAACAUCGUCUCCAUGUUCUACACGCGCUCCGAGCAACCGCUGCGAAUGUGCGUCUUCCUCGCGUUCAACGGUAUGGCGACUAUGAUUGGCGCGCUCCUUGGAUACGGGCUAGGUCAUGCUCACAGUCCGCUGAUUACGACGUGGCAGCUCAUCUUCCUAGUCAUUGGCCUGGUGAAUUUCGUCUGGGCGUGGGUCUUCCUUUGGACUAUGCCGGAUAGUCCUGCAACGGCGAAGUUUCUCACACACAAGCAGCGCAUUGUUGCGAUUGAUCGGAUUGCGAGCAACAUGAUCGGCGUCAAGACGAAACAGUUCCAGACAAGUCAGGCGCUGGAGGCAUUGAUGGAUAUCAAAGUCCACUGUUUGAUGCUUAUCGGACUGGGUUGUGGUGUCGUAAAUGGCGGUGUGUCGAACUUCGCCUCUUCGCUGAUCCGCGGCUUCGGAUUCAGCGGAAUCUACGCCACACUCCUGCAACUUCCCACCGGCGCAAUCGAGUUUGUAGUCAUUCCACUGUGUGGUUUGGCUGCAGGAUACUUCAAAGACACGCGCUGUCUAAUCCUAGCCUUCAUCUGCCUGCCACCUCUCGGCGGACUCCUCGGCAUUCGGCUCACCCCUCUCUCAGAGCGCUGGAGCCUCGUCGGAUGCACAUGGCUGCAGUACAUCAUCGGCGCGCCCGUUAUCCUAUCCUGGAACCUGCUCACCAGUAACAUCGCCGGCCACACCAAGCGCAGCACUGCAAACGGUCUGUGGUUUGUAUUCUAUGCCGCCGGCAACAUCGCUGGAGCGAACAUCUUCUUCGCAAAGGAGAAGCCAAGGUAUUUCUCGGCGCUCACUGGGUUGAUCGUUUGCUAUUGUGGUAUGUUUGUCAUUGUUUUGUUUUUGAGACAAUACAUGUGGUGGGAGAACAAGAAACGAGACAAGAAGUAUGGCGCUGGCGAAGAUGAGCAGGCCAUCCAAGAUGGAUUCAAGGAUCAGACGGAUUUACAGGCGAAGCAUUUCAGGUAUGUUUUGUAGUGGCGGAUGAG